AUGACCUCCAAUUCCCCUUCCACUGAACAACGGACGCCCUCGACCUGGCUCAUUUACGAUGAAUUUGCCAGUGUUGGCAAUGUGAGUUUCGUGGAUCUGGACCUCGAUGAAACCCAGCUUGGUGGGACCAUCGAAUGGAACCCGCCUGUGCGCACAGCGGCCGUGUCUGUUCCUUCGUCAGCCGUUCAGAAACAGCUUGCGCAAGAGGGCACGGUGGUGCCUCCGGUGCUUGCUAUCCAGCUGUGUCUCUAUUUGCUAAUGAGUUUAUGUGUACCUUGUCUAUGUCUAUGA